AUGGAGCAUUGUAAUGCUGUCAUUGCACAUGCUAAACCAAGGUUACAGCUGUCAAAGAAUGAAGAGGAGCAAGACGUAGACCCAACUCAAUAUAGAAGGUUGAUUAGAUUAUUACGUUACUUGUGCAAUACGCGACCAAAUUUGGCAUUAAGUAUCAGUAUUGCGAGUAAAUUCAUAGAGAGACCGAAGGAGAUGUGCAGCAAUGAGGGCGGGGCUGUUAUGGUCUUGGUUGACAAUAUUUUUGCUAUUAGUCUUGCUAAGAACUCAAUUGCACAUGGGAGGAGCAAACACAUUGAAAUGAGGUUUCACUACUUGAAGGAGCUUGUUAGUGAAGUAAAGUUAAGAUUGAGAUAUUGUAGAAGUGAAGACCAAGUUGGUGAUUUGCUGAUUAAGGGAGUCACUAAUGAUGUGUUCAAAAGGUUGAAGAUGAGCAUGAGCAUGAAAGACUUAGAGCACUUGAAUUAA